UGUCAAGUGAGCCGACGACACCAUGGGCGACACGGCCGCAGCAGAAAUUCAGAAUCUAAACAUUAACGAAAAGGCAGGAUUUUGAGCACAAUAUUUUAUUUUUUACCCGACAAUCUGUUCGUUUAAUAAGCGAUGUUAAAAUUAUUCAAAUUGCAUAGAUUCUCCGUGGUCCGCAUCAAAGAGGGCUAUGCCACAUGGUCGCAAAAAAAAGCGAUGAAGGAAAAGAAAAAGAAAGAAGAAUCACCUGGAGGUGUCGCUGAAUUAAAACCAUGGCCAGAAUUCAUUCAAAAGCGUAUAGAUUUGUGGGAUAAGUUCAAAGCACAAUAUGAGGAGGAGUUAGCAUCCAAACCAGACUUAAGUAUAGUGGUUACAUUACCUGAUGGCAAGACGGUUGAGGCUAAAGCUUGGAAGACUACGCCUUAUGAUGUUGCUAAGGGUAUCAGCCAAGGCUUAGCAGACUCCACGAUUAUUGCUCGUGUCAACAACGUGCUUUGGGAUCUAGACAGACCAUUGGAAGGGGACUGCAAGCUGGAACUCCUACGAUGGGAUAAUACAGAAGCUCAGGCAGUAUUCUGGCAUUCCUCUGCACAUAUGCUCGGGGAGGCAAUGGAAAGGGUAUAUGGUGGUCACCUGUGUUACGGUCCACCGAUUGAAGAAGGAUUUUACUAUGAUAUGCAUUACCCAGAGAAAGGCAUAUCAUCAACUGAUUUCCACGUACUUGAAGGUCUAGUUAAAAAGAUAGCCAAGGAAAAGCAACCUUUUGAACGACUUGAACUUACAAAGGAACAGCUGAUGGAAAUGUUUGAUUACAAUCCCUUUAAGAUACGCAUCCUCAAGGAGAAGGUGGAUACAGCCACGACUACUGUAUACAGAUGUGGUCCGCUCAUUGAUCUUUGCAGAGGACCUCAUGUACGGCAUACGGGGAAAGUUAAAGCAUUAAAAGUCACUAAGAACUCCGCCACAUACUGGGAGGGUAAAGCCGAUGCCGAAAGUUUACAGCGUGUCUAUGGUGUAUCGUUCCCCGAACCCAAACAGCUGAAGGAAUGGGAGGUUAUACAAGAAGAAGCUGCGAAAAGGGAUCAUAGGAAGAUCGGUAGGGAACAAGAGCUAUAUUUCUUCCACGAGUUGUCUCCCGGGUCUUGCUUCUUCCAGCCCCGCGGUGCUCAUAUAUACAACAACCUCGUUACCUUCAUCCGGGAACAAUACAGGAAGAGAGGUUUCCAAGAAGUGGUUACACCGAACAUGUACAACGCUAAGCUCUGGCAGACGUCGGGUCACUGGGCUCACUAUGCGGAAAAUAUGUUCUCAUUCGACGUAGAGAAGGAAACAUUCGCGUUGAAGCCUAUGAAUUGUCCGGGACACUGCCUGAUGUUCGACAACCGCACCCGCUCGUGGCGCGAGCUGCCGCUGCGGCUGGCGGACUUCGGCGCGCUGCACCGCAACGAGCUGAGCGGCGCGCUCACCGGCCUCACGCGCGUGCGCCGCUUCCAGCAGGACGACGCGCACAUCUUCUGCGCGCCCGCGCACAUCGAGAGCGAGAUGCUCGGCUGCCUCGAAUUCUUGGAAUGCGUGUACUCCACAUUCGGAUUCACGUUCCAACUGAAGCUGUCGACGAGACCGGAGAAGUACCUCGGAGACGUCGCCACCUGGGAGCAAGCUGAGAAGGCUUUGGAGGAAUCCCUCAACAAGUUCGGUAGACCGUGGCAGCUGAACCCCGGGGACGGAGCAUUCUACGGGCCCAAGAUAGACAUCACCAUCCAGGAUGCGCUGCGACGCUCGCACCAGUGCGCCACCAUACAGCUGGACUUCCAGCUGCCGGAGAGAUUCAACCUGACCUAUGUCAGUGAAUCCGGCGAUAAGAAGCGGCCUGUAAUCAUUCACCGAGCUAUUCUGGGUUCCGUGGAGCGAAUGAUAGCGAUCUUGAGUGAGUCGUACGCCGGCAAGUGGCCCUUCUGGCUCAGUCCUCGGCAGGCCCGAGUCGUGCCCGUUGGACCAGCGUUCGAUGACUAUGCUAUACAGGUAAACGAGAAGCUGUUCGCGAGCGGCUUCAUGUCUGAAGUAGACACGGAUGCUGGCGACACUCUCAACAAGAAAGUUCGGAAUGCUCAGUUGGCGCAGUUCAACUAUAUAUUAGUGGUUGGUGAACGAGAGAAGAACUCGGGAACAGUGAAUGUCCGAACCCGUGACAACAAAGUCCACGGAGAAAUGUCAAUCGAAGGUCUCAUCGAGCACUUCACCAAGCUCGUCAAUGAGAAAACCCUUGCAGAAGACAGUGAAUUACUAAAAUAAGUUUAACUCAUAUUUAACUCAAACUGGUGUUUCAUUCAACUCAAUAAAUAAUUUAAAUUUGGAA